AUGCCAUUGUCCAAUGGCUACAAACCACCUCCGCCGCCACCACCGUUAUUACCACCAUCAUCACCGGAAAUUGAAGCAAAGAACGGGGAGAAGUGGGAUUCAUCAAAGUUGAGUUCUCGGAAGCAGGUCAAAAAGAAAUUAAACCCACGUGCAAAUGAGUCAACGGCUUCUCCAAUUUGCACAUCCGCCUUACCUCUACCACUCGACAUUCCAUUGAUGACCUCCGUCUUCAGCUUGACACCCAAUGUUUUAGCGUCGACAUCAUCGGUUUCCCCAAGGCUCACCCCAGAAACCCUAAGGUUUAAAGACAGGUUUUUGUCUUCCAAAACUCUCACUCAGAUAUGCCGACUUUAUUUUCUCAAUCAAAAAAGAGAAAAAUGUUGUCGGAUGUACAUUUGGAGAAGAUUGUGCACACAUUCCAUUGCAUCUGUAGAAGCCAUAUUGAGUGACCCUGCUCAAAUCUCUCUCCUCCGCUCUGCCAAUAUUAGUACCGAAAAACUUGCACGUGUGGCGGUUCGCAACGGGCUUUACAAAUAUGUCCGCCACAAAACCAUUGUUCUCAAUGAUAAGGUUAGGAAAUUUGUGAUUGCGGUGGAAGAUGAAGAUGAGAUGGUGGUGCAUGGUGGGCAAAUGAAAGCUCCAAAGGUGCUUGCUGAUAUUGUUGAAUCGGUUGUUGGUGCUGUUUAUGUAGAUUGUGGGUUCUGCUUGCAAAGCCUGUGGAUGAUAAUUAGAGAGCUACUUGAACCGAUGGUUAUGCUAGAUGUUCUCGAGAAACAGCCGCAGCCUAUUACCAUGCUAUACGAGGCAUGCCAAAAAGAGGGGAAAUUUGUUGACAUAAAGAAUUGGAAGAAAGGUGAGAGAAACAUUUCAAGUGUUUAUGUAGAUGGAAGAUUUAUUGCCUUUGGGUCUUCAGAGAAUAAAGAGAAUGCCAAGCUUCAUGCAGCUGAGGUUGCUGUAUCUAAGUUAACAAGGCUAAAAAACAUUGAUGCAAUAAGUAGCAUGAUGUAUCCUGGAGAUUGUUACAAGAGUGAAUGCAGCAGGGACAUGGAAAAUUCCAUUGCAGCUGUAGAAGCCAUAUUGAGGUACAAGUUCAAGAAGAAAAGUUUGUUGGAAGCAGCCCUAACUCAUUCUUCAUACACGGAGUCUCAAUCCUACCAACGUCUGGAAAUCCUCGGUGAUUCUGUUCUUGGACUCGCCAUCACUAAUUUUGUCUACUUGGCGUACCCUGAAAUUGACCCUGGUCAAAUCUCUCUCCUCCGCGCUGCCAAUAUUAGUACUGAAAAACUUGCACGCGUGGCGGUCCGCAACGGCCUUCACAAAUAUGUCCGCCACAAAACCAUCCUUCUCAAUGAUAAGGUUAGGGAAUUUGUGAUUGCGGUCGAAGAAGAAGAUGAGAUGGUGGUGCACGGGGGACAGAUGAAAGCUCCAAAGGUGCUUGCUGAUAUUGUUGAAUCGGUUGCUGGAGCUGUAUUUGAAGAUUGUGAUUUCAAUUUGCAAAUCCUGUGGGUGGUAAUUAGAGAGCUACUUGAGCCAAUGGUUAUGUUAAAUGUUCUUGAGAAACAGCCACAACCUAUUACCAUGCUAUAUGAGGCAUGCCAAAAAGAGGGGAAAAUUGUUGACAUAAAGAAUUGGAGGAAAGGUGAAAGAAACAUUGCAAGUGUUUAUGUAGAUGGAAAGUUUAUUGCCUCUAGCUCUUCAGAGAACAAAGAGAAUGCUAAGCUUCAUGCAGCUGAGGUUGCUCUAUCUAAGUUAACAAGGCUAAAAAGCACUGAAGCAAUAAGUCUACAAAUGAAAGAUGAUUCUGGUGAAGCCACUGAGAUUAAAGGUGCUAAACAAAAAAUACAUGAACUUUGUAACAGGAGAAGGUGGCCAAAAGCGACUUACAGAGUUGAGCAAGAAUCGGGUCCUGCACACAAUAAAAGAUAUAUAGCAUCCGUGCAAAUUGAACUUUCUGGUAAGAUAUUUUUCAUGAAGGGAGAAGAGAGGUCAAAAGUCAAGGAUGCCGAAAAUUCUGCAGCUUCAUCUAUGUUUUAUUCUUUGCGAGAAUUGGGAUAUUAAUGAAUGUCUGAAAACAAAAACUCACAUAUGCAUCUAACAUUUGCCGCAUCUGAUUGUCACAAGAGUAGCAAGU